AUGCUACACUUUGAUAAGAAAGAUAACAAGAAGGACAAUGGGAAAAUCCAAGACAAAAAAUCUAACUCCAAAAGCCAUUACGUCAACGCAAAUAAGGAUGACAGUGCAUCAGAAGAUUCUGAUGAAGAAAUCAUUGCUCUUCAUACUACAAGCAGUGCUAUCAUCCUUCCCACAGCAAUAAUCAAGGCGCGUGGCAAAGAUGGCCAGUGGCAUCCACUUAGAGCUCUACUGGACACAGGAUCCCAAGAUAGCUUCAUCUCAGAAAACGCAGCCCAAAGUCUCAAUCUUCCAAGAACCAAAGUGAGCACAAACAUAAAAGGAAUUGGAGAAGUACAUGCAGCAACUUGCAAAUCCACAAUCGAACUAUAUAUUUCUCCAAGAUUCGAAUCAAAAUUCAAGGCAUCAACAAAGGCAUUUAUAAUGCCAAAACUUACAUCGCUACUUCCAAGCAACACCAUAAAAACUUCGUUUAACCCUCAACAAUAUAAAAACUUACCAUUGGCAGAUCCGACAUACAAUAUUCCUGGUAACAUUGAUCUAAUCCUAGGAGCGAAUGUCUAUGCAGCUGUACUAAAGCCUGAUAUAAACAAAGAAGAGAAUGGGCUCAUGGCUCAAAAUACAAAGCUUGGAUGGAUUAUCUUGGGAAAAACCACUAACGUCACAACUCAAAAGGAAGUAAUCAGCAUGGUAUCUCUAGCAGAAAUCGACAAAACGCUUAGAGAUUUCUGGGAGAUCGACGUUGCAAACAAUACUACUGAAGAUUUACAAGAAGUAUGUGAACUUCAUUUCAAAGACACGCACACCAGACUGGAAAAUGGCAGAUGUCAAGUAAGACUUCCAUUCAAGAAAGAGACUGAAAUGAAACUUGGAGACUCAAGAAGCCAAGCACUUGCCAGAUUUCUAUCAAUGGAACGUAAAUUCGCAACAAAUCCAGAGCUAAAACAAGAAUACGCCAAAUUCAUGAACGAAUACGAAGAACUAGGACAUAUGACCAUGGCACCAAACUACAUUGGGUCACCUUAUAAUGUAUACUACUUACCACAUCAUGCAGUGUUCAAAAUGGAGAGCACAACGACAAAGACAAGAGUCGUCUUCGACGCAUCUUGCAAAAGCUCUUCUGGAAUAUCACUAAACAACAUACUUCACACCGGUCCAAAAAUCCAGCAAGAUCUGACACAGAUACUUACAAGAUGGCGAAAAUAUUCUAUUGUAUGCACAGCAGAUGUAGAAAAAAUGUUCCGUCAAAUAAAUCUCCACGAAGAUGAUCGAAACUACCAUCGCAUCUUAUGGCGAGACAACACCAGAGAAGCCGUGAAAGAAUAUCAACUGAAUACCGUAACUUACGGCACAGGCCCAGCUACAUACUUGUCAGUGAGAGUUCUGAAACAACUAGCCAUAGAUGAAGGUGAUAAGUAUCCCAAGGCCGCAAACAUUCUUCAACAAGAUUUCUACGUGGAUGACAUGCUAACAGGCGCUCAUUCGCAGGAAGAAGCAGAAGAAAUAUAUAUCCAAAUCACCAAGCUCAUGGCGCUUGGCCAAAUGAACAUACGAAAAUGGACAAGCAAUUCAAUGGAGCUAAUGCAGAAAAUUCCAGAGGAGUCUCGAGAAAAGGGUAUCAUCCAAAUAAAAGAAGACGAGACAAUAAAGCCAUUAGGAAUCCAUUGA